UUGCCAUUAAGGGGAAUAGCCUUAUCUUUAUGGUUUGGUUUGGUCUUUUGUCGCUUUAUGUUCAAAGUAGAAGACGAAGAAUCCAAAAGAAAAGAAAAAAGAAGUGAACUUUCUAAACCCACAAGGCUCUUCUGGGUUUUUCGAGGUUGCGUUUUGCUUUCAAUUGCGGAAUAGCUCUCCUCUCAGACGUGUUUCUCUAGGGUUUUACUGCUUUAAAGCUUUUGCCUUUCUGUUUGAUACUAUCGAUAUGGAUGGAGCUGCUUCUUCUUCUGAUCGUCUCUUCACUAGCUUCCCUCUUAUGGAAACAGCAGAUUGGUUCCAGGAGUUGUCUUUAGGUUCAGAUGCAAGUGAAGUAGUCCCUAGGAAGUACCAUGAUAAGGCUUCUCUUCAGAACCAGUAUGGACAUGUACCUUCUGGUGCAUAUACUGCUCCAUCUUCUCAUGGAAUCGAAAGAAGGCCUAAUAUGAACGUUGGAAACGUGCUAAAUGGUGGAGACCCGUGGGGUUACUUCCCACCAAACCAUCUUUCUGGUGGCUACCAUGAUCAGAGUUUUGGUUAUGGCCACAACAGCAACUCAAAUACCUUUUCACAUCUCAUGAAUCCACAUAGUUCACAAGAAGCACUGAGUUUUGACCAGUUUGGAUACAAUGAUCAUUUGUAUUCAAACCAAGGAUUGUAUGGAGUAUACGGGAACGUAAUCGACUCUGGCCAUGCUUACGGAACGUUUGGUUAUGAUUCCUGGAAACUCGGGAGAGGAUGGUAUCCUGUUGAUGGUUAUAGAAAGACCAGAAGCUUCAACUACGGUCGUGGCUACAGUGAAGAGAAAGCAGAUAGGCUUAACGAGCUUUGUCGAGGACCAAGAAGCAAUGAUGUUAAAAAUCCACAAGGUCUCAAGAUGAAGCAAGACGUAGCAGUGGUAGCAGAUCUCCAGCGCUACAACGGGGAAAAUUUCCCUGAAACGUUUGCGAAAGCGAAGUUCUUUGUGAUCAAGUCAUACAGCGAAGAUGAUGUUCACAACAGUAUAAAGUAUGGCGUGUGGUCGAGCACACCAACUGGCAACAAGAAGUUGAACGCUGCAUAUUACGAGAGUUCUUCUCAAGAAUGUCCUGUGUAUCUUCUGUUCUCGGUGAAUGCAAGUGGGCAAUUUGUUGGUAUUGCAGAGAUGAUAGGUCCUGUUGAUUUCAACAAGACGGUGGAGUAUUGGCAACAAGAUAAAUGGAUUGGUUGCUUCCCUGUGAAGUGGCAUAUCAUCAAAGACGUACCGAACAGUCUCUUGAGACACAUAACGCUUGCUAAUAACGAGAACAAGCCUGUCACUAAUAGCAGAGACACUCAAGAGGUGAAUGUGGAAGAUGGAACCAGAAUCAUAAAGAUAUACAAGGAGUAUAUGAGCAAGACAUGUAUACUUGAUGAUUUCGAGUUUUAUGAGACCAGACAAAAGAUGAUCAGAGAUAAGAAGAUCAAGCAAAAGAAACCGGUCCUUGAUGGAGCUUCUGUUGAAACGAUUCACUAAAAGACUUUUUAGUUAAAGAACACUUAGUUUGGAUUGUGUUUAUUUUCUUCAGGCUCUGGAUUCCUGAGAACCUUAAUAUAUAUAGCUUCUCUAUGCUUUUUCCAAACUUAUUAACAUUGUGUGUUUUGUUCCUUGUAUAAAGGACGCACCAUCUGAUAAAAACCAAAACUCAACUCA